CCGUUGGAGUGGUUGGAGGGUACUCGUUGUCGGUGAUCGGUGACUCCCCUCUUGUAUAAUUCGAUAGGAGAUUCCGAUGCUACAAAUAACACUAACUUGGUUAUUGUUUCAGUGUAGGGAGAGUUGCGCACCCGGUGACAUUGGAGUGUUCGCCUCUAGAUCGGGACCGAAUACUUUUUGGCACCCGGCAUGCUUCGUUUGUUGCGUGUGUGGAGAGUUACUCGUCGAUCUCAUAUAUUUCUACAAAAAUGGAAAAUUGUAUUGCGGCCGACACCACGCCGAAAGUCUAAAACCCAGAUGUGCAGCGUGCGACGAGAUCAUUUUUGCCGACGAAUGCACCGAAGCGGAAGGAAGAGCGUGGCACAUGAAGCACUUCUGUUGUUUCGAGUGCGAUCGACAGUUAGGGGGACAGAGAUACAUUAUGAAAGAAGGUCGUCCCUACUGUCUGCAUUGCUUCGAUGCCAUGUUCGCCGAAUAUUGUGACACGUGCGGAGAACCGAUCGGUGUCGAUCAGGGACAGAUGACCCACGAAGGACAACACUGGCACGCGACCGAAUCCUGUUUUCGAUGUCAUUCGUGUCACGUGUCUCUAUUAGGAUGUCCCUUCCUGCCUCGACGAGGUCUCAUCUAUUGUUCUCUACAGUGUAGUAAAGGAGAACAGAAGAAUGCGUGUAAACAAAAUUCGGCCAUUCAGACGACAGAAACGCCGAGUCCCCUAUCGAGUCACAGAACUACUCCUUCUCUCCCUCAUCCCGACUGUAUAUCGGAUAGAUCGCGCGAUUCUACAGCAGGAGAAACGACCGUCUUGAUGUCUGGACGUAGUCGUGAUCCAAUCGCAUUUUCUGAUCUAACUCUAGAUACUCUGAUUGCCAAUUCUCAAGUAUUCGUGGAAGUUGUGCAAGAGAUACAACAUCGUCAACAGAAACUCCAACAUCGAAUGUCCGGUGCCCACUUUUCCAUGCCAGAUCUGACUCGUGACGCUUCGACCAACGGCACCCCACCACCCACGCCGCCCUCGUCACGUGGUGGAAGCGAAUUAUUACCACCUACUUCAUCCGAGGCGUACAGACAUCCGAACGCAAACGGUGCUAGAUCGCGCCAUACCAGUUGCAGAGCAGAACAUAGCGAUACCACUUCGAGUACGCCGAGCGAUGGUACCCUUCCGCUAGAUUCUAGCCCGAAUAACUGUGUACAGAAGAACCAAAGUAUCCAACAGGGGUUACCACGAUCUCGUAGUUACGGCGGACAACCGACCAUACCCGANAGCAAGUUCUUGGACAGUGAAAUAUUUAGCUGCUUACAAUAG